UGACGUUGGCGUCAUCAUGCAGCGCGCUGUGUCCAUGACUGUUUAUUACAAAAGUAGUGAUCGCGCGCCUCAUUGCCACAAAGGAAGCGCACCAGCCAGCAAUAUGUAUGUAUAAAGGAAAUAGCAACAAUAACGAUUUUGAAACGAAAUUAAAAGCGGCCACAACCACAACUCAAAUGGGUAGAAAAAAAGCUAACCACAUUUCGAGUCACCAUCAAGCAGCAACCAGAGCAACAACAGCAAUUGCAACAUGAUCAAUAACGCCAAUAAUGCACAACAACAAAACAAGAUCAAUUUAUAGCCAAGCGCACAGCACACGAAAUGGAACCGCACACACAAAACCCGCACAGCCACUGACAACACACACAUCUACAUUCCAACUGGUGUGUGAGCCCUGCUUGUAACGCCGUUUGCUGCGGAUCAGACGCGCUUCAACUUGUUGUUGACUCUCAUAUUGUUGCUUUUGUUGCUGCUGAUAUGUCUCAACGUCACUGCGCCCCAACUGUGGCGUCGUAAUCGCUUGGACGCUAAGCUCGACGCGCGUCUCAGCUCAUUGCGCGUCCACACAUCGCGGCGUGCAGUUCGCCUUUUCGCGCGCUUCAACUGUCUUUUUUCCGUACUUCUUUACUAGUAUUCCACUCCACUCCAGUUCGGUUAAGUUGCGUUCGCAAUUCAGUUCAGCUUUUUUGUUUGUCAGCUGUUGAUGUUUGUCGUCGCCGCGCGUAAGUCCGCAUAAUUCAAGUGUCAACAUCGUUUAAAAAAUUACCACGAUUCUUCGUCGAAUGCUUUUUGCAACCAAAAAAAAGACGCUUUGGUGCGCAAAAUUGUUUAAAAUUGGUUUAUUUAAUGCUGUGUGGUUUUUGAGAUUGUGAAAAAAUUGCAAAUUACAGUUUUGCGAGUUGUGCAUACCAAUAAAGGCAGUGAUGAGUGGCGGCACAAUUAGGAGGUGAUUAUAAAGUAAUAAAAUCAAUUGAACCGGAAUACAAAGAAAAUCAUAAAAUACUCAUUUAAAUACGUGAUUAAGUCAGCAACGUGUUAAUACGCUGGCAAAUAAUAACAACAACAACAAGAAAUAAUAAUAAUAAUCAUAAUCAAAAUAAGUGAUCUACAGUGAACGUUGCAGCACGCACUGAAUACGCAAAACCAACAACAACAAACAAAAACAAUUCAUUGUGAUUUUCUGAACGCAAGUGAAAUUGCGCAAAACAACAAGUGCUAAACACAAAAACAACAAGUCUGAAGUCUAGUGCAUUUUAAUUGCAAGAAAACUCAGCACACGCGACGCCCACAAGUGUGAAAAUGGCCACGACAAUGCAACAGAGUGCCGCGCCAGCGAAUGCGGCCACAAACCCCCAACUGAAGCGCAUUGUCUACUCGAAAUAUCGCGAACUUUUGGGCUCCUACAACGACAAGGCGAAUGCAAUUAUCGAAACGCUGCCCGCUUAUAUGGUGCGCGAGGAUCGCGGCUUUCAUUGUGAGCCCAAUGGCGUGGUGACUGCGACAGUAACAGCGGCAGCGCCAACGCCGGCAACAGUAGCGUCGAAAACAAUUAUAAGCAUACCAGCGAGAUCAACAACAACAACAGCUACACCACCAAGUCAGCAUAUAACAGCAACUAUUGCUGGUACGGCAGCGCCAGCAGCGCACACGAAUGGCACGGCGCCACCGAAUUGCGCGGCGGCAGCGCUGCUACGACAAGUGGCCGCGGCGGCGGCCGCAGCAGCAGCGGCACAGGGUGAACGUGUGAGCGAAUUGUAUGGCGGCUCCGCUCAACGGGGCUACGAAGCGCCCGCCUGCGUACAGAAUGCAAUGGUGACAAAAGACAAGAAGCCAUUCACCUACACACCGGGCGGCAUUGAUCUCUCACAAAUCAAAUCGGAGCGCAUGGCGAAACGUUUGGCGCGCAACGCACAAGCCGAAGGCGCCACAGGCGCCUCACAACAAAACAGACCGACACAGCCGCAAUCGCCGGGCAGUAGCGGCAAUGCUGCGUCGCAAAUUGGCGCCGCCGGGAUGGGUAUGCCGUUCCAGGUGUUGCCGCCGCCGCCACCACCAGCGCCAACCGGAGUAGCGGGUAAGAAAUUGAAUGGCACAUCGGCACCGCCACCACCACCACCACCUAGCUCCUCCAAUACAUUAGCACCACCACAGAAUGGCGGCGGGCCGGGUAGUGCGCCCGGGUCGCCCAACGCGCAACGCAAGUCGCCCACACCGCAACGUUUCGAACCGCCACCAUUGGGUUUCCGACCGGAAAUCAAAAUACCGCCAAAUCCAAUGGCGGCAUUGCGCAAAGUACCACCGCCGGUGGAGAAGAAUACCUUCUGGAAGGAUGAGUAUGUGCGCGAUCGCUCCAAGAGUCCCAUGGUGGGUGAAAAUGAUCGUGCUAGUUCACCGAAUACCGCUGCUAAUGGUCAUGCCGUUAGCGCCGGUGGCGGUGAGCCAGCUACGGUCAGUCUUAACAACAAUGUGAACAACAACAAUAACAACGAUGUCAACGAACAUGUCGAUGGUUACAAGAAACCAACAACGACUACCCAGCAACCUGAACUUAACUAUAACAGCAACAACUCCACUCAACAACAAUACACACCGCCUCAGCCCACGUACUCACCAUCCUAUCAGCCUUUGCAGCAGCAGCAACAACAGACUCAAUAUAAUAACAUCACACCACCCUUGCCGGCUUCAUCACCAUCACAACAACAACCACAGCAGCAACAACAAUCGCCACGCCCUGAGUUCCGUAGCGUUGCACCGCCACAAUCGCCAAGUGUCCAUGUCUAUACGCGUCAAACGGACAGUCCACGUGCUGAAAGUGGCACACCGCCACAACGCGCCACCGACAGUCCUUUCCGAUAUGGCGGUCCACAACCACAGCAACAGCAGCAGCAGCCACCGCAACAACAACGCGCUCCACCAGCUAUUUCACCGCUAGCACAACAGCAACCAACAAAGCUGUAUACUUCAUCACCGACCGGCGCUGGAACCCCAGCACAGCCAACAACAGCCAACAAUUCUCCCAACUCACAGCCAACGGCACAAACUGUGCCCUGGCGCACUCAACGUACUCCGACGCAACAACAACAACCACAGUCGCAGCCACAAACGACUGCGAUAUAUAACAAUGUCUCGCCACAACAACAACAGCAAACUCAGCCAACUUCGGCCUAUCAGGGUCCCAAGCCGUCCAACGUCGGCUCGCUCUAUAUUGCACCCCUGGCAGCACCUACUGAGCCGCAGGCACCCAAUGUUGUGCGUCAAUUUCAGCAACAACAACAGCAACAGCAAGCACGCGAAUCUCCAAUUCGUCAAAUACCACAACAACAACAACAACAGCAAACACCACAGCAACAACAAGCACAGCCUUUACGCUCCACUGUGCCUUGGCUGAGCACAAAACCGAAGGCAAACGAUCAGCCAGAAUGGGCGCGUCCCGAGGAAAAUGGCAAUGUGGUGCCUUCGUCGCUGAAUCGCAUUAAGUCGCCGCCGCCACCACAGUCACAACAACAACAGCAGCAAGUCUACCAUCAACAACAACAACAACAACCCCAACCUCAGCUCUACGGCUAUCAACCGGAGCAGGGUAACGGUUUUGCUGCAGCAGCACCAACGAAUUUCGGUAGCCAUGGCAUUGGCAGCACCGGUUUACGCUUGCAAAUCAAUGCCAACCCGAUUGUCAAUAAUACGGCAACUCAACAAACUGGUCCAAGGGAACGCAUCAUACCCAUCCAGUUGGAGCAGACACCGACGAAUACUACAUCACAGCAACCGAACUUCAAUGUCAGCUAUGGUGGCAUCACCACUGCACCGAGCAGCUAUGUGGUGCGUUCGCCCAAUCAAUUCGUUGAUCAAGGUUACAACAAUUUCCCACCCUCAGCUGGCACCAAUCAACAGCCAUCAGCUCAGCGUGUGAUGUCACCAACACAGCAACUGAAUGCUCCACGCAUUGUGCAACAACAACAGCAAUAUACGAAUAACAACAAUGGUGCUGGCGCUGGCGCUAAUCGCUCACGCAUCAUACCCAUCGCUAUGGAGAGUGAGGGCACACGUGGCCCCAUUUCACCAUCACCAAUCGUUUUGCAAAAGAUUAUAAUACCAAUACCCCUCUUCAGAAGUUCAAUUCAGCCAACAAUUACAUUUCCUCCCAGUCCUGAGAACUUCGAUCCACGCUCGUCACCCAUACAAUCGAAAUCCUUUAGAAUUUUGCAAAAAAUCACUGACACUAUUGACGACGGUAGCGGCGAUGAUAGGAAAGCGGAAAGCCAUGUCGACGUAGAGCCACAAUUACAACGACCUCAAUACGCGAGACAAAUGAGCGCCCAACAGGCGCGUCCACAACCGAAUGUAGAGCAAAUGAGACGCAUGCAAAUCGCCGCCGAACCACAGCAGCAGCAGCAACAGUCACAAGCGCCACAGGCAUGGAAUCAAGGUAAUGCUUUAAAAAGCUCACAGCAGCACACCAUUUAUAACAAUAACAACGACAUGCCACAACCAUAUAUCCACCCUAGUGAACAACAAGUACCCGAACCGAAAAAAUAUACCGGUAGCGCAAUACCAAGUCGAUCGUUUAAAAUUUUGCAAGCGAUGACAACACCAGAAAAUGCUGCCGAGUUGGCAGCUACAGAUCGUGUUGAAUUGAACGAAACCCCUUUGAAAGCCAAAGAAAAUCAAAGCAAAAAUAUUUUGAAUAAAAAUUGUACUGAAAAUGUGAAUGAAUAUAAUGAAGGCACAUCCGAAAUUACACAUACCCAUAGCACAACACAUGCACCAUCCACCACCUCAUCCUCAUCCUCUAUAUCAUCGCUCAGCUCCGACUCUUGCACCUAUCCCAUACCCAAACAUCCCUACCCCGCCUAUGGCUAUGCAUAUCCUUAUCCCUGGUAUCCGCCGCCAAUGCCACCGACUAACGGUGAGGCAUAUCCGGCAUGGCCGUACCCAUACAAUAUGCCCCCACCACCACCACCACCUUCAACACAGGCACAGCCUAACGAACAAAGCGGCGAUGCCGCGUCGCACACUCCAUAUGCGCCACACUAUCCCUACUAUUAUCCUUACUAUCCCCCACCGCCGCCACCAGCACAUAACCCUUAUGCUUAUAUGCAACCGCCCCGCGCUCAAACCCCGAAUGAAUUUGAUUCGCAAAAUGCUUAUCACGAUGUAAAUGCAAGCACCGCAUAUCCCGCUUAUGUGCCGCCAUAUCCAUACCCCUACCCGGUAGCGCCUAGCUACAGUCAGAGCACGACGUCGAGUCGCGCCAGCAGUGUAUUGCCCGACAUUAUUGUUACGCCCAGUACGGAUGAUAUGCCCUCACAGGUUAUACUGCAACAUCACAUAAAAAUCGAGAAAAGUGAACCGCCGAAGCGCAAUGAUGCUGUUGUGAUCGAAGAGGUCCCUACGAGUGAUAGUGAAAUGAGGCCGCCAGAGUUUAGGCGCGAACAACGUGAGGGUUCCGUUAUUGAUAUGUUGUCCCAACGUUUGGCGAAUAUGUCCAAAGUUGUCGAACACAAUUUAAAUAUGAGCAAAGAUGUCGAGAAGAACUAUGCCGGCGAGCGUGAUAAGGAAUUCGGCGAAAAAUCACCGACAGAUAACGCAUCGCCAGUGCCGGUAGGUAUUGUGACCUUAGCUUCGGAGACCGAAGUGAGUACGGACUCAGAUAGCAGCAGUGAUGAGGACUCGGAUGCGACACCCAAAUGUGUCGAAACGAAUGGCUUGCAGGCAAUUAAAUCAGUCACAAAUAUACAAAUCUACAAGAAUUGUAAUAUAAACAUAAACGAAGUCGAUGAUGAAGACGAUGUGACAACGGCUGACGGCGAGAGCGAUAUCUUCGAUGAGGAAGACAAUGAAGAAGAUGUCGCUGAGCAACUUGAGUUGGAUGAAUAUAUUGAAGAAAACGAUGAUAUGGACUACGAUAACCUGAGUGUCAUCUACGAAGAGGAGAGUGAAAUGGAACAUAGCAGCGAUAAGCCGAAUACAAUCAUACAACGUGAUGGCUCAAAUGCCAGUGAUGCUACAACAGUUGAACGUGACGACGCUGUGGAGCAGCAAAUUGAGGAGAAUGACAACAAUGAUGACGCAGAGGAUGACUCCACUUCGGUUACCGUACGUCUACCAUUAAAGUUCUCAUUCAACGAUGAGAAUGUAGCCACUGUGGAGGUUGGCAAAUCCCAAAUUGAAGAAAGGCGUCACAGCACGUCUUCGGAAGGUAAGCGCAGCACUGCAUUUGUCAUUGCGGAACCGCAACAUGAUUCCGACAAUGAGGAAGGAGCAGCUUAUGAGUACGAUGAUGAUUGUGAAGUAAGUGUAACGAUAAGCUUGAGUGGAUCUUCACGCUCGAGUUCAAUGGAACGCAAGCCCGACGGACGUCGCGUCUCAGCAGCAUAUCCAAUUGAAGAGCUGCCAACACCAGAGCCGCCCAGCCCAGCAUCGAGUAACGAAAACGUUUCGGUGUCAUUCUCAUUAAAUGCCCGCAACAAGUUUAUGGGUCAAACUAUCAGGGAUGAUGUGACCAAUAAUAUAGCUAUGUUCAACAGUGUGACGCAAAAAGAGACCAUACAGGAACAAGUAAAAAAAGAAAUAAAGAAACCAGAUAUAGGUACGAGACAAAUGAAAGAAGAGCCCGUGGCGAAAGAAUCAGUUACGCCAGUAAUACCGUCCGACGAUUUGGACUUCUUUGCUACACUGCGUGCUACUAAACUGCAAGCGCAGAAAAUGAUGGAGACAUCAGCGAACUAUUGGGGCAAGUUAAAGGCGAAAGAGGAACCCAAAAAGGAAGAAGUAAAGGAGGAAGUUGCCGCAGCAACUACAACUGAGCCCGAACCAGAGGUGGAUGAUAUUUGGGCUGAUAGAAACGAGGAUUUACCGAAGCCGGUGCCGAAAUUGAAAUUAGCCGAUGCUAAAGACGAUUUCUGGUCCACAUUUGCAGCGGCAACACGAAAAACACACGAGGAAACGCAAACGGAAGAUGUUGUUGUAGAAAAAAUGUCGGUAAACACAUUUAUCAAGAAUGAUGAAGCCACCGCUCAGGUCCAAGCUGGCCGUAAGGUCACAUUUGGAGACACGGUGGAUAUUAAAGACAAGGUCGAAACUGUAGACGAGUCGGAAGAAGUCGACUUUUGGGCAGAGAUCGAAAAAUCCAAGGAAACUAAGACAACUGAAAAGAAAACCGAAUUCAAGACCUCUACUGCGUACGAGCGUAAAGAAAUAAGUGAGAUUAUGCAUAGAUCAAACACUAUGAAGUCAUCUACAAAGGUUCUACCAACAGCGCUACAAGCAGAUUUGUAUACACCGCCUCCAUCAGAACAGGUGGCAGAAGAGUCAAGUGAGAGUGAGGAAGAAGAUUCAGACGCAGAUGAAGAAGAGGUUCAGUAUGAAAAGGUGAAUGUUGGCAGAAAGCUGUCUGAACCAAAAGCACCAGUGGAGGAGAAAGAAGAUGAGGAAGACUUCUGGGCGUCUGUGGAAAAAGCUAAAGCCGCAAUUGGUACAACAAAACAAUAUACAACUCUCGACAAAGUUGAAGCUCCAUCAGCAAAACCGGUUGUUGAAGAGGUCGACUUCUGGGCUGACAUUGAAAAGAACAAGAAUAUUAAAACUACAACGAAAAAGUCAUCAAACCCCAACAGUGCAGAGGCGCCUUCAGCCCAAGCCGUUGUAGAGGAAGUCGACUUCUGGGCCGACAUUGAAAAGAAUAAGAACAUUACAACUGCAAAGAAUGAGUCAUCAACCCAUAAUAAUGUAAAGGCUAUCCCAGCCCAAGAGGUUGUUGAGGCAGUCGACUUCUGGACCGACAUGGAAAAGAAUAAGGACAAUAAUAAGAAUGUAACGAAUGAGCUAUCAACACAUAAUAAUAUAAAGUCUUCCCCAGUCCAAGAGGUUGUUGAGGAAGUAGACUUUUGGGCUGAAAUUGAAAAUAAUAAGGAUAAUACAUCUACAGCAAAACAGGUAUCAUAUUCAACAACCAAUAAUGCGGUAGCUCCUUCAACACAAGCCGUUGUUGAAGAGACCAAUUACUGGGCAAACAUUGAAAACAAUUCUCAAACAACGCAAGCCCCACAACAUAUCUAUGACCCCACACUUUACCCCGAAGAACCACGUGAAGUUGAUACCGAUGAAGAGAUCGAUUUCUGGGCUGAAAUUGAAGCUAAGAAUCAAGACACAGAUGACGUUAACUUCUAUAAAUCUGCGUCUUUCUGGGCUAAUCGUGAACGCCAUAAUUCUGUCGAUGAAACACCUUAUUCGAAAGUGCUACCUAAACCAUUCCCAGCCAACUUGCCCGACGAGCCAACUGUAAAUGUGGGUCUAUGGGCAGCUUUAGAAGCCGCGAAAGGUGUAGAGCCGGAAUACAUUGAUCCAGUUGUGGAGGAAGAGAAGGUGCUAGCAGCACAAUUCAAUGAGAUCCCAAUGGAAGAAGAAACACCAGAUAAAGCAGAAAAUGUUGAAGAUAUUAAUAAAAGCUCAAGUGACAUUUGGGAAGUAGCUUCUCUACACGAACCUGUUGUGGCAAAUGUUUGGGAGCCAACGGUAGAGACCAAUGAGCUUAGCAAGCCAUAUCAAGAUCUCGAACAAUGGAUACACAACAACGAUAUUAAUGAAACUACCGAACCGGUGGCGGAGGAGCGCACUAAAAUUGAACGCGUUGAAGAGCCAGAUGAGGCAAAUGUCAAACGCAAUAAUUACCGUAAAGCUAUGGCCUUCUUCACUACGUCCAUUGACGAGCAAAAGGAAGUGAAUGCCGAGAAAAAAACACGUAAAGGCCGUUCGUCAAAUAGAAACUCGCUCGUUGGGACAGAAAACGCGAAUGUAAUUGAAAAAGAAAGCAUCGAAAAUGCAGUCAACAACUACUACAAAGAAACCCUUGAACAGUCUACAGUAAGAGGCAAGAGUGUCGGGCCCGACAGUUUCUGUACUGAAAAUAGCCUACAACAAACCAUAAAUCAGACCAGAGGUAAAAGUGUAGGUGCGGAAAUAACAUGUAAUACACUGAACACAGAGGUACUUACCGAACCGAACGCCACCGAAGUGUAUACGGAACGCAAUAAAACACCUACAAACUUCGAGCAGACUUUACCCGAGGUUUAUGUGGAGCCCAUUGUAGAAAGAAAGCGUCUACCUAACGGUUUACCAGAUUUGGGUCUUAAGAAAGAAGAGGUUAAGAUUUCAGUACGCGAUAGAAUCUCUGCUUUCGAAACUGGUGCAGUCGAGUCGCCAACCACAGCAAAGAAAACUGACGAUAGCAAAACACACUCACUCUCGGUGGAGAGCUGCACACCCAGAGGAACGCUGUCGCGUAACAGUUCACAACGUUCCGAGUCGGAAAUUGAGGAAGAUGACUCGGGUGUAACGGAUAUGAAUAAACCACUUUCCGAAACUGACACCGAAUCCGAAAGCUUCCCCGAGCUGCGUAAAAUGAGCAGCUAUCAACGCGCCGCCACACAUUCCAGACUCUUCAAGCUACUGCAAGACGACAACGAUCCACUCGAAGAUGAAAAGCUGAGUAAAGAACUCGCAGACGAGUAUCACUUCAAACCCAGCCGUCGCAAGAUCGUGCACAAUGUAUCCAUCACACGUCGACAGAAUCCUAAAGCACUUGCCGAUGCCGAAACCAUGACACAACGACGCGAACGUCUCUCACUGCCACUACGUAAAAACACCAGCAUCGAUGCGGAUAAUCCUUCGACACCCAACAGUCCAGCCUCACCGAUUAUGGGACAACCGUCCAGUAACACUAGCGAUAAACUAGUCAAUGAAUUGGUGCAGAGCCUGCUAUUGAAACGCGAUAGCAGCCAUUUGCGUCAAAUGCCCAUGGAAAAGCUGCAGGCAGCUGCCAAACGUGUGCUUGAAGAGGAGCUGGACUCAUUGGAGAAUACAUCGGUCGAGACGACACCGGCACUCACACCAAACGACAUCAAAAACGACAAAAGCUAUGCCGACUACUACGAUACAUGGUCGCACGCGAACGGCAGCGGCGUGGACGGCAUGCCACCAAAAGCGUAUCGCGCCAUGCAAGAUGUGCCGCGACGCAGCCCCUGGUCCGUGCGUUGUCCACGUGUGCUCAGUUCGAAAACGAUAAAUCGCGAUUUGGCGCGUGUAACCGAGUCGCCGGAGAUUUUCGCACGAAAUAGCAAAAGUCCCGACUGUCUCUCGCAAUCGCGCGAGGGCUCGGUGAGUCGUUGGCGCAAAGUUUAGCGGGCUCAUUAGGGUGGCGGCACAUACAAAGCGGGUGAACGGGUCGCCAAAACUGGGGGAAAUCGUAAAUGCUUAAGUAAAAUAGCUGUUUAAAGUAUAGUUGUAGGAAAAUACAAAUAACGGUGAUGCAAAUUAAAAAUUUUAAAUGAAAACUGUUGUGAAAGGCGGAAAGCGCUUCU